AUGAGCUCUUCUGCAACGGCCGUGGCAUCAAAAGCUGAAAUCGCCACGGCACAAAAAGAGUACAAAAUCGUCCAAGACAGUGGCAAUUUCGACGAGAUCCAAGCCAAACGCCCAGAUUUUGAGCAUUCCAAGCCCAUCAACGUAACAAAAUCUCCAAAUCCCAACUGGGAGUAUGGACAAGGCGUACCGGACAAUGGAGCCAGCCUGGCGCAAAAACAUCACGAAAUAGACCCUUACGCCCCAGAUCGCCCGAUGAUCAACAAUUACCGCCUCCUUGUCUCGGGGAUUGCGCCUCGACCGGUGGGAUUCCUCAGCACAGUCAAUGACAAGGGUGAAAAGAAUCUCUCCCCUUUUAGUUAUUUCCAAGUCAUCGACCACGAUCCACCAAUGUUCAUCGUGGGCUUCUCGUCUCGACCCGGUCGAGUCAAGGACACCUACCGUAAUCUCCGAGAGACUGGGGAGUGUGUGAUCAACACAGUAUCGGAGAACAUGAUCGAGGCAGUGAAUGCGAGCUCUAUCGAUGCUCCAUACGGCGUGUCUGAGUGGGAUGUAUCCGGUCUGCAUGAGGCGCCGUCGAGUACGGUGAAGCCGUCCCGCGUUGCGGAGUCGGUGUUUAACAUUGAAGGCAAGGUGAUUGAUAUCAAAGAGUUCACUGAUCACCAAAAACCUGGGAUGAGCAUUGCUGCUACUGUUCUCAUCAAGGCUACUCGGUUUUGGGUCAAGGAGGGCACUGCCAAUGAGGAUUAUAGUCACAUUGAUUUGGAGAAGCUGCGGCCAAUUGGUCAACUUGGUGGGAUGUCUUAUGGUCGGAUUGGAUCGACUUUUGAGUCCCCGCGCAAGAGAUGGAGUGAUGAGGUGGGUAAGAGUGAGGUGUUGGCUAAGCUGGAUGCUACUAAGCCUGAUCAGUAA